AUGGGAAAUACAAAUAUUUGUUGUGUUGAAUAAAUUGAUGAACCUUUUGACAAACGUAAGCAUCUAUUCCACAAAAAACUAAAUAACUUGAAUAAUCAAUUGAUAUCAUAAAUCUAAUACCAUGAGAUCAUCAUUUUUCAUAAGGUUUGAUCAUUAUGUAUAUAGAAUGUAGUGGCAUAAUUAAUCUUGAAUUGUAAUGCCCCAAGAUUGUUAUCAAUUACUGAAAAAGAUCCAGAGACAAAAUUGGAGUUUUAUUCUAGAAUGAAAUAAGAAAUAGAACUUAAACAAUCAAAUUUCUUUAAUUUACUAAUUGCUAAUUACUUUUUACAUUUCAAUGAAAUUUAUGCUGAUGAAGAAGUGAUUGACAUCAUUCAAUAAUUUGACACUAUAUCCUAAAUGCUUCGAAUAGUUCUUCUUCAAGGUUUCUAAUAAGAUCUAAAACUAUAUUUUGGUAAUGAUCUAGAUAAACUACCUGAACAAGAGUUACUAGUAUAAAGAGUAUUGUAACAUUAUUUAUUGGGUAAAACCUCACCCAUUAAGAAUAAAUUUAAUAAGAUGCUUAAUCUAUAUUAUUAAUAGAUAUAAUAUGAUGAAUUAAAUCAAUCAAAUGUUCCUGAAAAAGGUACAGUUUUAGAACAAAAUGAUUUUGAAAUAGAUCAAGCAUUGUUACCCAUUCAAGGAGGAGAAAUUGUCAAUAUCUCUAAUGAUAGGUAUUACUUUUUUUAAAUAUUUAUUUAUUAGUUUUUUAGAAUCAUCAGGAGGAUCAGUUAAGCCAACAUAACAAUAAACAAUAAUUCAAAUUGAUAAUAUAAUUGAAAAUGCAGAAAAAUAAUUUAAACAUCUUCCAUAUGCAACAACUUUUGAAAUCCUAAGUUAGAUGAUUAAAACAACUAAACCAUGGAAGAAGUUUCUUCUUAUUGAAAAAUUUGAUAAUUUGAUUAUUAAAACACUUUUGACUAAUAGAGAUUAGAAUCAAUUAUAAAGUAUGUAAGAUAUCCUUUUUGCUGAAGAUUCUAGAUCAGAUAUCUAUUUAUAUAUUUUGUAAACAUUUAUAAAUUAUUAUAUUUAGUCAUUAAUAUGGAUAACAAUUUAAAGUAGAUUUCAAAGAACAUUUAUUAAAUGCAUUAAAAUUAAUGUGGGAAUUUGAUGGAUUAUUAGGAAGUGAUAUUAAAUAUAUCUAUUGUCCUUGUUUCCUUAGAUUUACAAAUGUUUUAGAAAUGUAUUUGAGAAGUGUUAGUGUAUGA